UCACGUGACCGUCAAGGGCUCUGGCCUCGACUGGACUUUCGCGCGCUUUAGGUCCAGAUUUAGGUAAUGUAAAAUAUAACCCAAUAGCCAAUCCCAGUGCAAGGGGCGGGAUUUGUCCGAAUACAGGUGGGAAAUAAGACACGCGUUAACACGUUUUACAGGAACCACAAACAGCGAAGUGGGAAAUUCAACAUUUCUGAGUGAAGGUGAGGGAGAUGGAGGACGAGUGGGAGGAAGAGUGGGAGGAAGAGGAGCAGCUGUUUGUGGCUGAGCUGUCCGGAGUGAUUGACUCGGAUGUGUUGUGUAAGCGCGGCGGGGUGUGUAAAAUGGUGGGCAUGAGCAGUGAGCAGCCCAUGGUGCAGGUGGGCCGCUAUGUGUUCGCCGGGGAAUACGAGGACGCGCUGGGGUCAUGCGUCAUCUUUGAAGAGCAGACAAAGGAUCGAACAAAAUCCAGCUCGAGCCCUGUGCUCAAAUACAAGUGUCACACCAUGAAGAAGCUGAUGCUCCAGAGGACUUUCCUGUCCGAGAGGAAGGAGGGAGAGACGAGCUCCGGGGUCAUCGAGGUCCUGUCUCUGAACGAGGGGGAAGUGUGUGGAAGAUCCAGCACCGUGUGUCACUACGCCCUGGACCCCAAAGAUCUUCAGACACUAAAUGCUGGAGAAGACAUCAGCGACGAGUCGGAGACUGAAAAAGCAGAGACACACCAGCGUUCAGUAAAGGAGGACAGUGUACCAGGAGAGACCAGAGAAAACCUGGCAGAGUAACACGACCUGGACCUGAACUGUACAGGGACCAAAUCUCACUCCAGUGGCUGAAGGGCACACAGUGGUUCAUAAAUAAACAUAAUAUAAUAAGCAAGCACAGAUAAUUAUUUCUACAAAAUUUUUAUGCACAAUAUACAAGUUAAAAAGAAGUAUAUUAAUCACUGAACAGCAUGUCUUGUACACUGCUGCGUAAUGUAUUGUUUCAUGAUCAUUAUUGUAAUAUUGACCAUGGCGAUCCAACUGAUACAUAUUGACUAUUUUGGCAUAGUGUGCUACUGGAUAAGACAUUUUUAACCAACUCUAAGCUGUUGGAAAAAGUUCUUUGUGUAGAUUUCAUUGAACAGGGUUUGCAGUAAUCAGGUCUGGUUGUGUCUACUCCAGCUGAACCCCAUUAUGAAUGCAGUUCCAUGGAUUUGGGGAAUUAGUAACUAUAGGGGCAAAUACAUUUUCACACAGGCCCAGUUGGUAUUGGAUAACUUUUGCUUCAAUAAAUAACAUAAUUUAAGAACUGUAUUUACUGUUUACUCAAGUUGCCGAGUUUUUUUUUUGUUUUGUUUUGUUUUUGUAUUUUAAUAAAUUUAGGGGGUUUAAUGUGAUCCAAAGAAAACAUUUGUGGUCAAAUGAAUACACACAAGUCAAUCACAACACUACAAAAAAAAUAAUAAUUACUGUCAAUGUUACAGUAGGUUACUGGUAAUUCUAGUUCAGUAUUAACUAGACUUAAUUCCGGUAGUGGAAUUCAAACUCAGCUAGACUGGACAGUUGAAGAUUUUUUUUUUUUUGGUGAGCCUGUUCCCAUGAUCAAAGCCUCAGCAUAGAGAACUCAAAGCGAUAUGCCUUGAAAAUAGAAAAUGCAUAACAAAACAAAUGAAAAACAAAUAGCAGAAACAGGACUCGGUGUUUGUGAUUGAAUUGUAAGAA